AUGUCUUGGAAUCGAGCGAGCCCCAUUCUUUAUCUUGCCCUCGUAUUCCUGCUUGUGGGAGAUCUCGGUUUGUAUAUCUUCGCAGAUGCUAAUGCUAUAGAUUGCAACUUUGUGUGGGACAGACCAUCAGCGAAUAAUCAGUGGAUGCAUCACUGGGAUACACAGUCUCCUGGAGUCAUCAAUAUCUAUGCGUGUUUGUGGUGCGGCAGAGCGGAUGGCAGUCUCCCCUCGGCCUAUGACUGCAUUGGCCCGACCCCAUUGACCACAACGGGGUCAUUUGAUUGCGACGCUGGAAUGGAAUUCGACUCAAACAAUGCUCUCAGGCCUAUUGUUUGCUACCACACUUUUGGAAAAGACGUGCAGACGUUUCAUUGCAAGACCCGGCAUCUGGACCAACAAUGUCCUGAGAACAAGUGUACAAACAUAGGUUCCCGUUCUGACUAA